CUGGCGGUGACUGGACGGUGGGAACUCGAUUUGUCGGGCACCGACAGCGGAGGGUCGAGCACCGACGGAGUUUGUCAAAGGGGGAGUGAAGAGACGAACGGCGGCCCCACUUUCGAGUGGCAGUGGCCAAUGGUUCACUUGGCUCGUCGAAAAGCAUCAACGACUGGUGGCGGUGAUUUGACGAGCACCUCGAAGACGAAAAGUUCCUCUUAUGUAGAUAAUCACUGCCACUGGUCGUUGUCGCUUUUCGACGAGCCAAGUGAGCCACUGCCACUUGAAAGCAGGGUCACCGUUUAUCUCAUCCCGUCGCCUUGGUCGAACUCCGUCGUUGCUCGGGCCUCCGCUGCCGGUUCUCAACAUAUCGAGUUCCCACCGCUAGGUCGUCGCCAGCUUCGGUGA